GCAACUAUAAAACAAUAUACAGUUGAUUUUUAAGUUUAAUUUUAAUUUUUAGUCAACUUUAUGUUGUAUACUUUUUUUCAAUUUCUGAAUAUAUAAAGUAUAAGAGAAUUAAAAUACAAUCAAAUCACGAUUGAUCUUCAACCAAUAGAUUUGGAUUGUCAUCAUCUACUAUUCAUUUUUCAUUACAAAGUUUCGUUCAAACCAACAUCAAUCAAUAAAUUGUGCCUGUGAUGAGAUCGCUUUUAACAAAUGCUGCCAUCUUCUUGGCUCUGGGACUGUGUUUAGCGGAUCCGUCUCUGUCAAAAGAGGGUAAAAACAAUCAAAGCUCAUCAGCAGAUGGAGUGGAAUCAAGUCAACCAGAUAAAAUUUCAACAGAUCAUCUGAUCAGCACCAGUAAUAAUGACACCAAUGAAAACAAAUUUGGAAAAAGCAAUAAACAGGAAAACGAUUUCUCUGUGGACUCGUCAGCCGUCGAUUAUGAGAUAGGCGAAGAUACAAGUAGAUCGUCAAUGACUGCCAUUGAAAUGGGCUCAGUUAAGCCAGAUGAAUCUGAAUCAUCGUCGGAUUCAACAAUCCUCGAUUCUGUAGCUACAUCCAAUGACUCUCAAGUUGAUAGUUCAUCAAAAACAGAUUCAAAUGAGGAUGACUCUGAUAAUGUCACAUCUCAAGCAAAAUCAACAACAUUGUCUUCUCCAUCGCCUUUAGCAACAGAAUCGGAAGCUUUGGAAAUGCUUCUUAAUUUCUUGAAAGAAUCUGUUGGUAAAAUGUUAAAAUCAGCUUUACCAACAAUAGUUCAAACCGGAAUGGAAGCAAAUGUAUCAGCUCAGUGUGCCAAUAGUUUCAUGGUUUUAACAGACGGUCUUCAACAGGGAAAAGAUUGGGCUUUCAGAAUGUUGGAUUCUUCCGGUAAGCCUCCGAGCGGAAUUCUGGAAGGAACUCUCACUGAUUUUGGUUCAUUUGAACAAUGUAUCGAUUUAAAAGUUCCUUCAAAUGAUGUGAAAUCAUCUGGUGAACGAGAUUAUCUUGAAGGUCGAUAUUGUGUUAUGGACAUAAAGGCAGCUCUUGAUGAAAACAUUGAUGUAGCAAGACGACCAUCAAAUAUUCCGGAAGAUUCUGUAGUUUGGGGCCGGGCACUCAGAGAAUUUUGGUCAAGAAACAGUCUUUUAUCCUUUCGGUACGGUCUUUGUAUUCCUUCAGCUUGUCACAAGGAAGAGAUCACAGAGAUAGCCAACUACCUUGCUGAGCCAACUGGUAUGGAAGUGAAUGUCAACUAUUGUCAAACUAAGCAAGGCUGGACAGCGGAUAAAACACAAAUAACAAUAAUUGUAAUCCUAACGGUAAUCAUGGUCUUGGUUAUAACUGGAACCAUCCUUGAGAUGAUUUUAUCUUACAAAAGCGAGAAAAAAAUAUUCAUUGGAGAUGAAAGAUCAUGGAAACAUUUUCUCCUUUCUUUCUCAUUAAAACGUAAUACCAAAAAGCUGUUAGACUCGGCAAAGAAACCUUACUCAUCACCUCUUAGACAUUUGGAUGGGAUUAGGUUUUUCUCUGUAACAUGGAUCAUCAUGGGUCAUACUUAUUUCUACACCGACUUUGUUCAUUAUCAUCAUUACCGUCGUCUUAAGCAUAUCCAAGAGAUUGACGAUGACUUCAUUUUUAUGCCAAUUGCCAAUUUUACUCUUUCUGUCAACACAUUUUUCUUUAUAAGUGGUCUUUUAGUUGUUUAUGCAAAUUGGAAAAAAUUAACUGUUUCUGAGGGUAAAAUUAGUAUAACUGAUUUUUUCAUCCACAAAGUUUGGAGAAUAUGGCCACCCUACUUAGCUACCAUCGGACUCGUCCUCAUAAUGCCACUCAUCGGUUCCGGUCCACUAUGGCCACAGGCUGUUGAAAACACGGCUAAACUUUGUAGACAGAAUUGGUGGACUAAUAUACUCUUCUUGAACAAUUUUUUGCCUCCUGAUCAACUGUGUCUUCUUCACACAUGGUUCCUUGCUGCUCAUAUGCAAUUUCAUCUAUUUUCAGCCAUUAUUUUGUACAUUCUCUACAGGUUUCCUAAAUUGACAAUAACAAUUCUAUCAUUCUUCACAAUUCUGGCUGGUGCUGGUGUUUACAUUUAUACAGUUAUCAAUAACCUGCGAUGGCCAACAGUUAUUGCUGAUGCUGUUUUCACUGAUUACUCUCAACAAAUCUUAACAUUAUAUAUUAUGCCCUACAAUCAUCUCGGAUCUUAUCUGGUUGGAAUUGUUGGCGGUUAUUAUCUAGUUAAAUACAAAAAUUCAAUGAUCUCAACGCGAACUCAAGCCAUUGCAUGGAUUGCGUCCCUAUCAGUUAUGAGUCUGAUAAUUUUUGCUCCUCAUGCUGCUUUUGCUGGAACUAUGCCAGGUCUGACUGAGGCUGCUGUAUAUCUUAGUGUCCACCGAACAGCUUGGGCUAUCGCCUUAGGCUGGCUUGUGUUUGCCUGUUCAACCGAACGCGGUGGAUUUAUCAACUCUCUUCUCUCUUGGCCUGCUUUUGGUCCUUUAAGUAACUUGAGUUACCUUGCUUAUCUCGUUCACCCACUCCUUAUGCUGUUCCAUACAGGAAGAACACGAGAGAGAGUUUACUUUGGCCAUUACGAAUUGUUUAACACUUUCCUUGCACGUACAGUGAUGGCUUUCGUCUUAGCUUAUAUACUUUAUGUGACCGUUGAGCUUCCUUUUGCUGCCCUAGAAAAGUACAUCUUUCAUAAAAAGCCAAAGGCAAGACCGGAGACUGCUGAAUAUCGCGCCAAUGGCCCGGUUUUUGCAAUUGUUGGUAAAAAUAUUCCUCAUCUGACAAGCUCAAAGAAAGUAACAUCGGACAGUGUAUAAAAAUUUUCUCGUUGUUUGAUUUUAUUACCACCUCAAGAAAAAUUGACUCGCAUGAAAGAUUUAAUUAAGGACAUUAGUUUAAAACUGAAUUUUCGCCAUCGGAUGGAUUCAAUUUCACGUUGUCAUAGCUUUCAGUACCAUCACUAUUAUCAUCAUAAUCAUCAUCAUCAUUAUUAUUAUCAUCACUCAUUAACUUGUAUAUUUAAAGUAAAAACAAUUAUCAUCAAAGUUCAUUGGAUAUUAGAGAAUAUUUUCGAUACAA